AGUCGUCCUGCUGCCGCUUCGCUUGGCUCACGUGGACGGCAACAAACAACAACAACAACAACAAAGACGAACGUUCCACCUCCCUUCUUUUCUUUUUCGGGGUGACGAGCGCACAGGGGAGAUAUGAAGCUGUCGAGGUUCCGCACGGUACCGUUUUGGAUCCUCUGCGCUUUGGCCGGCGGGGCGCGGUGCUCGCAGGACGAGACGCGUCUGGUGAAGAAUCUGUUCGACGGCUACAACAAGGUGGUGCGGCCGGUCAACCACUUCAGCGAGGCGGUGGUGGUCACCGUGGGACUGCAGCUCAUCCAGCUCAUCAGCGUGGAUGAAGUCAACCAGAUUGUGACCAGCAACGUUCGUCUCAGACAACAAUGGACGGACGUGAACCUGAAAUGGAACCCUGACGAGUACGGCGGCAUUAGGAAGAUCAGAAUUCCUUCCACGGACAUUUGGAAGCCCGACUUUGUGCUUUACAAUAACGCCGACGGCGAUUUCGCCAUCAUCCACGAAACCAAAGUGCUGCUGGAGUACACGGGCCUGAUCACGUGGAACCCGCCCGCCAUCUUCAAGAGCUACUGCGAGAUCAUCGUCCUGCAUUUCCCCUUCGACCUCCAGAACUGCAGCAUGAAGCUCGGAACGUGGACGUACGACGGCCUGCUGGUGGUCAUCAACCCCGACAGCGACCGUCCUGACCUCAGCAACUUCAUGGAGUCCGGCGAGUGGGUUCUGAAGGACUACCGCAGCUGGAAGCAUUGGGUCUACUACACGUGCUGCCCCGACACGCCCUACCUGGACAUCACGUACCACUUCCUCAUGCUGCGCCUGCCGCUGUACUUCAUCGUUAACGUCAUCAUCCCCUGCAUGCUCUUCUCCUUCCUCACCGGUCUCGUCUUUUACCUGCCCACGGACUCCGGCGAGAAGAUGACGCUGUCCAUCUCGGUCCUGCUGUCGCUGACCGUCUUCCUGCUGGUCAUCGUGGAGCUCAUCCCGUCCACGUCCAGCGCCGUGCCGCUCAUCGGGAAGUACAUGCUGUUCACCAUGGUCUUCGUCAUCGCCUCCAUCAUCAUCACCGUCAUCGUCAUCAACACGCACCACCGCUCGCCCAGCACGCACACCAUGCCCGCCUGGAUACGCAAGGUAUUCAUCGAAAAAAUCCCCAACAUGAUGUUUUUCUCCACCAUGAAGCGACCCAGCCAGGAGAUCCGCCAGAAGAGAUUGUUCCCCACCGACAUGGACAUCUCCGACAUCUCAGGUAACGCCACGCCCGCCAGCGUCCCCUACCAGUCGCCCAUCAUCAAGAACCCGGACGUCCGCAGCGCCAUCGAAGGCGUCAGGUACAUCGCCGAGACAAUGAAGUCGGACGAGGAGGCCAACAAUGCGGCCGAGGAGUGGAAGUUUGUGGCAAUGGUUCUGGACCACAUCCUGCUGUGCGUCUUCAUGGCCGUGUGCAUCGUCGGCACGCUGGCCGUGUUCGCCGGCCGCCUCAUCGAGCUCAACACGCUGUGAGGGGGCGCUCGGAGGCGUGGUUGACGGGCACCUUCGUCAUCUUCCUCCCGCCAACGCCGACGUUUGGAGUCGAACUUGACGUUUUUCUUCACGUGCUGAAUUUGUCUCCACUGUUUGGGAUGAAUUCUUUCCAAGCGCAUCAAAAGCGGGAAACUCGCGCUUUCAUUCGAAGGAUAGCAAACGCGGUUGUCGGCCACAAAACGCAAUCGGAGGACUUUUCUUUGCUUUGUGGAGAAGCAAAACUGACGGAGAUUUUCCAUUGGGAACUUUUGAUAUGCAAAUUAGCCCCUUGAACAAAAAAAAAAAAAAAAAAACCCGAAAACUUUUGACGCCAAGUAAUUAAGUAUUGAACACAUUGUAAAUCACCGCAGCUUAAAAAGUAAAGCUGCACUUAAAUAUAGGAGAACAAAUGAUUUGAUUCAAAAGUAUUGAACGUCAACCCGAAAUAAAAUUGCACCCAAGUAAAAAGUAUUCGGAAUCAUAACCCAAAGUGUUGAUUUGUUGUUUAUGUUGUUGAUUUCCGGGGGGGG